CGUCCCAUCCACUCUGCCCGGCGACCUGCCGCUCUGUGCCGCUCCGCACCGCAUCAGCGACGUCGCGGCAGCGGUUGCUAGCCGACAGGCUGCCGCUGCUCUCCGACUGCGAUGUGACAGAGGUGCGGCAGAGAUAACGGACUCAAAUUCUCACCGAGGACCGAACCGGGAGAAGCGGGACCGAUCCGGGUUGAAUCGCCUGUAGCUGCUCCUCUGACCCUUCCUCUUCCUCCCCCCCCCGGCCUCUGUUCAGGAUGGAGGACUCGGAGACGGAGCUGGCGGUGUCGGAGUCGGACGCCCUGGGUGCAGACUUCAUUACGGUGGAGCUGGACACUCAGCCCAUCGAGUACGUGGUGAAGUGGGCGGAGGUCGGCUCCAAGUUCACCAUCUCCUGCGUGAAGAAGGACUCGGACGACCCGUCGGACCUGACGGCCGACCAGCUGAAGAUCGAGACGGACGAGGCUUUCUUCGCUCCCUACGAGGAGGUGUACCCUUGCGAGGUGACAGAGCAGAGCGUGGAGAUAAAGACGGACUCUGACGAGGACGAGGACGACACCGAGGAGGAGCAGGAGGUGCUGGUGGAGGCGGGGAGCAGCCAGCUGGACGGCGAGGUCGACUCGGACCAGGCCGACUUCGAGCCGGACGAGCGGCAGUACCGCUGCAGCUACUGCGGGAAGUGUUACAGCCAUGCCUCAAGCCUGUACCGCCACCAGCAGACGCACACCGGGAAGAGCGCCGGGGCGCCGCCGCCCACCAAGCGGGCACUGGAGCCGACGCAUCAGGAGGCGCGCUACUCCUGCCCGCACUGCGGGAUGAGCUUCAAAGGCAGCAGGAUGCUGGGGAGUCACCUGCGGCUGCACGGGAAGCGGCGGAUCCACCCCUGCAACAUCUGCGGGAAGGAGUUUAAUCACAGCUCCAGCCUGUCGCGCCACCGCCUCAUCCACAAGAAAGGAAAAGGCCUCCCCAAGGACGUCGGCCUCGGCCCCAACAUGGCCGCCCUGCGCCACUCGCUGAAGGCCGGCGGCAAGAACAAGAAGACCAAGAGGCAGCAGCAGAGGCAGCAGCAGAGGCAGCAGCAGCAUGUGGCGGCCGCCAUCAUUCAGAGUCAGGGCGGAGAUAAGUUCUACGCCUGCCCGCAGUGCGACAUGAGCUUCAGGACGUCCACGCAGCUGUCCAAACACCAGGUGACCCACGUCAAGGAGCUGCUGGACAACUACACGCCAGGCAAGGAGAACCUGGGCGAGAGCUCGUCCGACCUCAAGAUCCGCCUCAAGCUCUGCUCCCGUGACAAGCCCAACUUCUACACCCUCUGCAAGAAGAACCGCCGCCGCAAGGGGGGUCGGGCCGGCAAACGGGGCUCCGCCAUCUCAGAGGAGGAGGAGGAGGGGGGAGGCGGAGGCGGAGGAGGAGCCGGUCGCCACGGCUGCAGCCAGUGUGGGAAGCGGUUCAGCCACGCCUCCAGCCUGGCGCGGCACCAGCAGACCCACAGGGUGGUGGACGGCGGCGGGCGGGGGAAGCUGCAGCAGCAUCAGAAGCAGCUUCACGUCAAGACCGGACUCCCCGCCACCAAGACCAAGACCUACACCUGCGCGGCCUGCAACAAGACCUUCAUGCACUCGUCCAGCUUCUCUCGCCACAAGAAGGCCCACCUGGAGGAGGAGCAGCGUGCCCGAGCCGCCGCCGCCAAGCGCCGGAAGAGAGUCGUCUUAGACGAGACCGCCCCACUGGAGUCCGACUCCGAGUGAAGUCACCCGGCUCGGGGCUGGGUUUGGACCGGUUCUGUACCUGUUCUGGGUUGGUUCUGAAUCAGCACUGACUGGUUCUGGACUGGUUUGGGACCAGUUCUGGAAAAGUUCUAAUUUGGAAAAGUUCUGGACCAGUUCUCACCAGUUCUGGACCAGUUGGGGACAGAUUCUGGGCCGCUCGUGGCAGUUUGUUUGUCCAGGUUUGGGGAACUGGAACUGGUUGAUUCUUCUCUGGUGUAGAUAGCAGCAGGACAUCGUAUACGGUCGUAUGGCGGGGGGAUCUCCACAUAUGGUCAUAUCCAUAUAUGGUCAUAACUGACCCUUAGCGAAUUGCUCUUAAGGAUGGGAUUAGAUUUAAAGUGUUACCCCCGUGCCCCGCCCCGCCCCGCCCCUCCUCCACCUGUCUGUUAGGUUGCACACGGACGCUGUUCGCUUUCAUUCUGCCCUCUCUACACUCCAUUUCCCAUCAGCCACCUGGGGAGAGAGCUGGGAGCUACCGUCAGCUUCUCAUCUGUCCGUCACAGGCCACGCCCACCUGCCACCACAUUUCCCAUCAGCCCCAGGACCUGUACAUCUGAUGGCUUUCAGUCAGAACUCAGCAUGUCGUAGAGCAUUAUGGGAAACUGAGUCUCCACAGAAAAGAUUCAUAACAACAUUAAAACCUGUUGUUGAGUGCUGAGAUCCGACGGCAGCAGGUCGGUUUGAUUUUACGGAAGUUUAUUAACGACAAACAAAAACUACGGAACGCACAAAUAAACUCAAACAGUAAACCGGCGUCAGAGAGCGACGGCCGAGCUGUGACAUCGUGAACAAAAACUCCAGCUUUAAAAACCAUCAGAUAUUUUCAAACAAACGCUCUGCUCCUCCAAUCAAAUCAAAGUGUCUUUCUCUCUUCAAAUCCUAUUGGUUUACAGUAGAAUCUGCCACCGUGUUGGUUAUCGUCCCGUUUCAACAGAAAAUGUUACGAUGCAGUAAAGAAAUUGAUUUUCUGAGAUCAAUCAGGUAGUUUUUUCUCAAACUUUUGAACACUCCAACCUCAUAAUUAUGACUUUUUUAUAUAUAUAUAUAUAUAUAUAUAUAUAUAUAUAUAUAUAUAUAUAUAUAUAUAUAUAUAUAUAUAUAUUAAAGUCUCAUAAUUCAGAUUUAUGUCACAAAGUAAAUCUUUUUUUCACUCGAUCUCUUCUGUAGAGUUCAGAGGAAAAAGUCAGAAUCUGAAAUAAAUCUUUAAUUUAAUAUUUAACUUCCUUUUAAUUUCAUGUUUUUUAGAAUUCUGAUGUUUCUGCUAAUUUUUUGAGGGAUAUCCAAAACUAAAAUUUUUUUUUUUUUUUUAACGUGGCCCUGAUGUUCUUCCGUACGACUGAAUCAAAAAAGCGCUGAAACUAAUGAUGAUUUCUAAUCGAUGUUUAUUGAUCUGUCCAACCAAACCCAGAGACAAAUCCUCACAAAGACGCUGAAGACAGACGAUCUCUGAUAAAUGACUAAAAAGAUUCGACUUAUCGAUUCAGCGAGACUUGAAAAUUAUUUUCAAACGAAACCACGACACAAAUCUCAGCUGACAAAAGCUGGAGUUAGUUUUGUCGUUAGUAAACCUCCGUACAGGUCUGGUCAGGUUCAGAGCAGCGACUCCUCCGCUCGCCUCCACGUUCGUUUUCUUUCCUCUCUGACGUCACCGCCCGGUUCCUUCCUGGUUUCCAUCAGAGUGAUUUCGAUUGGCUGAAGUUCUUAUUGGCACAACGUUCUGAUUGGUUAACUGUGUUAUAGCUUUGAUAUUUUUAAAAUGUGAAAUCCGAGCAGACGAGCUGACUGGUCAGAGCUGGUGUUCCUCCACAUUAACGUUUGCAUGAAGACUAUAACCUGCAGAUAGUCGGCCAUAUUUGUAGUUUUUCAGCUGUAUGUGUUUGAUGACUGAUUUGCAGCGUCUGACGUUUGGGUUUCUCGUUUUAGCAGCGGAGCGGUCGUGUUGUGGAGGUCGAAGGGGAAACUGCACUACAUAUUUAUGAAUUUGGAACAAUGUUGUAAUAUAUAAGUAUAAAUGGUAUUUAAAUGUGAUUCACAAGUUUAAAAAAACAAAACAGAAACAAGAGAGCCUGGCCUAGCUGCCCUCGUUAUCGUAGCAACACCACCGCCACCUUCAUCGUUUAGCAUCGUCAUCAUCGACAGCAGCAGACAGGAAACGACUCCGGCAGACGACAGCAGCAACAUCCGGCAGAUGUCCGGUUUUUCAAAGUUAAAGCCUCCAGAUCAGUUUAUUAAAAAGAAUCCGGUGAAGUAAAAUGUGAGAUUUUUGUUGAUUUACAGCAAAAACAGAAAUUCUUCUGGACCCGAAAGGACAAAGAUUCAUUGAUUGUUUGAUUGAAAAGACGAACUGACGCCUGAGAAAACAUUUGAACUAAAAUGGUAAAAAAAAAAAAACAUAAUUUAUUAAUAAAAAAAAACAACAAUUUAUUGAAUUCUGUGAUCAGAUACAAACACAAAGCAGCCGCUUCCACAAAGUAAACGUCUGCAUCUGUUUGAUCACAGAAUCGAUCCUGUGAACAGAAGCUGAUUGGUUAUUUAAAGACUCGAACAUGGACGAACUUCCCGUCAGAGUUUUUCCUCCCUGACAGCUUCAGCCAAACUAAAACCAUCACCUGAGGACGGCGGCGGCCCCUGAAGCCCCCCCCCCCACACUUAUUGUUUCCUGCUUGUCGAGCUGUCUGACGGCAGCGGACACUUUCAGUUUGUGAAUAACAUUUUACUGUGUGAAUUGGAUUUGACUUAAUUUAAUGGUGACCUAUUUAUAAGUGUGUGUAAACGGCCGACAGUCGCACUACGAACCUCCCGUAGAAAAUAAGGAAAAGAAGUUCCUCCUCCUCCUCCUCCUGCUCUUCAUCUUCCUGGUUUGUGUUUCCUCAGUUUCGGGCCUUAAAGCUGCCGUUCUCUUUUUGUCCACAGUUUUGCAUUUCGAUCCAUGUUGUGUUGGUUUGUUUUCUCUUUGGUUCGUGGUUUCAGCGAAGCUUCACCUGCAGGUAGAAGGCUGUUCGUCAUUGUAUCGUGUUUGCCAAUAGAAUAAACCCAGUUGACAUGUUUUGUCUUGCGUUUUGUAAUAAACCUUCAAAAGAA